UAUGCAGACACAUUCCAAUGGAGUAAGACCGCAGGUACCAGGCUUUGAACAUAGAACAUAGGACAAAGUGAUGAGAAAGCAGGACAGGGACGAGCCAAGGAGGAAAAGACAAAAAUCUGCAAACAAGAAGGAAUACAAAAGCACUUCAAUAAGGAAAAUAUGGUGGUCCAACACUGCUGGUGGAUGCUGCUGUUGGUCAGCUGCCAUGAACGGAUUACAGGUGUUGGGAUCAGUCCUUUUAUAAAGCAUUAUGAAGUCUUAUCAUACGACAGAGGGGAUCUCCACAGGAAGCACUUAAGAGCCAGGAGGGCCAUGCAGCCUGAGGAACAGACACUGAAACUGGAUUUUACUGCUUUUCAUCGAAAUUUCUGCCUGCUUCUGAGGCAGGAUUCUGCUGGGUUUUCCGAAGAAUUCACUGUGUUCGGUGAAAAUGGACCGGCAUCAGUUGACCUGUCCCACUUAUACACAGGAACGGUUGAAGGUGAGUAUGGGUCAUCUUGCCACGGCUCUGUGCUACAGGGACAGUUUGAGGGUACCAUCCAUACGCACAACGGCACUUACCAUAUAGAGCCUCUUGACAGAUACACCAGCAGCCCGAAAGAUCAUCACUCCAUAAUCUACCAUGAGGAGGAUGUGGUCCUUCCACACAUGAUGUCCCGCACUGAUGGAUUCUGUGGUGCGGAUCAUCUUAACACCCUCUCUGAAAGCUUCAACCAGAUGGCACCAGUGAGCCGGUUGAGGAGAGCCAUUAACGAGUCGAAGACCAGCUGUCUGCUCCACCUCCACGCCGACCACCUUUACUACAAGAAGUUCAAGUCCAUUGAAGCAGUUGUGGCUCAGGUUGCCUCUUAUAUGCAGGCUGUGAACGACAUCUACGACAAGGCUGACUUUAAUGGAAUCAAGUUGAUCAACUUCAAAGUCAAAUCCCUCAGAGUGAUGACGACAGAGAAUAAGAAGGAUCCUCUCGAUCCUCUGUUUAUCGGGCCGGAGAAGCUGUUGAGUCUUUUCUCGGAGAACAACUGGGGCAACUUCUGUUUGUCCUACCUGCUCACUAACCGAGACUACAGCGGAGUGCUGGGGCUCGCCUGGGAAGGCAAGGCUGGUAACUGGGGAGGAAUAUGCUCCAAGUAUACGUCGAUCCGUAACGGCCGUAUGUCCACCCUGAACACGGGACUGAUCACAAUUCAGAACUACGGACAGUUCCUGCCUUCUCAUCAGGUCCAGCUGACCUUGGCACAUGAACUGGGUCACAGCUUGGGAUCUCCGCAUGAUGAGGGCUCUAACUGUGGCAACCUUGGCUCCUCUGGCGGCAAAGGCCGGUACCUAAUGUUUCCGCAUGCCACAGAUGAGGUGCGCGAAAACAAUGACAAGUUCUCACCCUGCAGUAUUAAACAUAUCAGCAAGAUCUUGAAUCUGAAGAAAGAUGACUGCUUCGUGGCCAGCGAUCAGCCCAUUUGUGGAAACCACAUCGUGGAGGAAGGUGAGGAAUGUGAUAUUGGUCACAAUGACACCGACCUCUGCUGCUACAGUGCUAGAGAGUCUGUUGGAGUCCAGUGUCGACUUAAGCCUGGUAAAGUCUGCAGUCCCAGUCAGGGUCUGUGCUGUGGUCAGAACUGUGAGUUUAAACGUCUGGGUCAGAUGUGCAACGAGGAGACAGACUGUCAAAGAGAGAGCAUGUGCUCAGGCUUCUCCCCGCUCUGCCCCAUACCAGACCCCAAGGAAAACCUGACCGUCUGCAGCAAGGGCACACGCGUCUGUCUGAACGGGGUCUGCGCUGAAUCUGUGUGUGUGAAGCACGGCCUGCAGCAGUGUGACUGUCCAGGAGCCAACAUGAAGGAGAAAUGCCACAUGUGCUGCCAGCAGCCUGGUAAGCCAGAGACGUGUGCCAGCACCUCCUCCUCUGUGCUGUCCCUUCACUUUCAGAAAAAGUUGUUGCCUCUGGUUGGAGGCGCUCCAUGCUCAGGGAACCAAGGAUACUGUGACAAAUUCCACGUGUGUCGCAUUCUGGAUGCAGACGGCCCGAUCGCCAGGCUCAAGAACUCUUUCCUUCAUCUGGAUGAUUUUGAUGAUUUGGGGGAGUGGAUGAAGGCUCAUUGGUGGGCUAUCCUGAUCGCUAUACUAGCACUAUCUGCAGUGAUGGGCUGCACAGUCUGCCUGUGUGGCAGGACCUUGAACACUCGUGACCUGGACUGACCCUUAAGUUCUUCCCCCUUGAGGAAUACAUGUUGAUGAAAUAUUUAUUCUUUAUUUACUUCUGAGGGGAAGUUAAAGUGUCGGAACCACACUAAAGUGAUGCCUUUAGACAGCCUUGUGCCGUGUUGCAAUCUGAGAUCCACAAAUGACCUCUGUGAGAGCUGAACACCUGCUCAGCUCUCCUCAUGCUAGUUUGUCACCUGAUAUCUUUGUACGUCAUAUUGUAUCUGCCUUUACUUGUCCUUGGGGGAUUGAUUUGCAGUACAUGUGCUGUGGAAAAUGUUUCCAGCAACCAGGGGGCGGUGCAGAUUUCCUCAAAGGGUGCCGCAUGCUGUGCCACUUCAAGUUGGCAAUGUAAAGGCACCUGUUUCUGCAAAAGUGAAGUGAAUAGAUUUCUACUCUGGACACCCUCCACCUUUCCAUCUUAGUGCAAAUUAAUGAACACAUGAUCAGUGCUUCUAAGAAAAACAACUUAGCAUUUCUGUUUAAUCCUGUGUUUUGUUGUGCCAUGAAAAUGUAUUAACACUUUUUAAACUUUUUCACAUUAAAUUUGGAUUUUAUGUGAUAGAACAACACAAAGCUGCCAAUCAUUGUGAACUAGAAGGAUAAGGAUACAUGGUUCUCAACAUUCUUUCCAAAAACUAACUGAAAGGUAUGGCCUGCAUCUGUAUUCAGCCCCCUUUACUCUGAUACCCCUAAAUAAAAUCUAUUCUAGCCAGUUUCCUUUAGCUAGUUACCUAGUUAGUAAAGUCUGUGUGUAAUUUAAUGUUAGUAUGAAUACAUCUGUCCUGUGAAGAUUUGUCACAGAACAAACAGCAAUCCUGGAAAAAACCUGUUAAAAGACUUGAGAACAGAGCAGAUGGUCACCGUCCAGGAGAACAAUGACCCUAGGCAUUUUCAUGUGCCUAGGGUCGGAACGGACCUAGUCAAAGUCCAGACCUAGACCUAAAUCUGAGAAUCUGUUGCAAAACACAAUUAAGAGCUAAAUACAAAUGCACAGCAUACUUUUUGAACUUUUAUUCAUAAAAACAAUUUUAGAAUUUCAUUUGAUAUUCUUUUCACUUCACAAUGAUUAACUACUUGAUCUAGGUACUGCAAAAAUUUACUAUAAAAUACACAUUAAAUUUGCAAUAAAAUACAGAGAUUUGUGGUGUAAAAACACAAAAUGAGAAGAAAGUCAAGAAGUAAAACCCACAGGUCUGCAUCCUUUUAUGCAAACCUUUCAUGAAUAUUAAAAAGGCAAAGAGCUGUGAAUCUCCUGCUGGCCACGCAGUUAACUCAAAUGUAUCAGUUUGAACCCUCUUCAUGUCACCUUGACACAAUCAGUGGGAGAAAAAAAUAUGUGCGUCACAACAGCAGGAACAUGAAGAAAUAAUGCAUCUCGUUUUGGGUAAUCUCAGACUUUGUUGCUUUUAUAUCAGAAAUGGCUGUGUGAGAGUUUAAAAUGUUCCUAAAUCAAAAACAGGUUUGUUUUUUGGUAAUAAGGUGAAGCUGAGUGUAGGUUAAAAAUAAUAAUUUUACCACAAUCCUAAACCUGGCAAAUAUUAUUUAUUAUAGAAUGAAUACAGUACAGUGCCUGACUCUUUUUACAAAUAUGUACAAAAAUGACAGAAAUAUAUGUGGUACAUAUUACAUUCAUCUACAGACAAAAAUAUAUAACUUUAACAGUGGUUCUAAAUAAAAAUAUGUAUUCUC